CUGUUUUCUAGCCAUUUUUCUGUUAAACUCACCACAAUUAACCAUGAAUCUGUUCAAUGAUGAAAACUAUUUUACUAAUUAUUUAACUGAUUAAUUAUCCAACGACUUAGCCCUUUGUUUAUUUUAUUUUGUUCAUCAUCACAACUUACAUCAACAUCUUUAUUUACAACAAUUGAUACUUUGUUUUUCCUGUAUUCAAACCUAUCUCUUUUUUUAUUUAUCAUUUUGCCUUGAUUCCAAUUUAUCUCUCUAUUGAACUGUUAAUCUCUUUUUGGCUUUUUGUUUGUUUAUUUCUACUUAGUCCUUCUCCUUGGGUCCCUUCUGUCUCAUCUCUUUUGUUUAUCUUUCUUGUCUUUUGUUUAGUUCUCUGUCAAUUUCUUCACAGAUUUACUCUCUGUCUGUCUUGUAUCCCCUUUCUCUCUUAUCCUGUCUACAUUCUUCUUACCACGUCUUUUAUUAGUAUUGGGUUUAGAUUGCUCAUCAUUCAAGUUGUUGUUGAUUAAAUGAUGUCGAAAAAUGUGUUUCACGAGGAAAGAGAGUUAAUCAAUGAUCCCAAAUACAGAAGUUUCGCUCAAAAUAUUGACAAAGCUUUGAAAGCUUUCGAAGGAACCAGUCGUUGGCCUGAUCUUGUUUAUGCUCUCUCAAGGUUAAUCAAGGUCCUAGAAAAUAAUGUUAAGUUUGGAUUCAUCCCAGCAAGACUGUUGGUUGGACAACGGUUAGCUCAAUGUAUGCAUCCAGAGCUUCCAAGUGGAGUACAUCUAAAAGCGUUGGAGACAUAUGAUCUCAUCUUUAAAAUAAUUGGACCCGAUAGAUUGGUCCAAGAAUUAAGUAUCUACAGCAAUGGAUUGUUUCCCCUAUUAAGUCAAGCCUCUAUCAACGUUAAACCUGAGCUUAUAAAAAUCUAUGAGAAUCAUUUUGUUACUCUGGGAGAUAAAUUAAAACCUGCUCUUGAUGGAUUUCUUAUUGCUUCUUUACCUGGAUUGGAAGAAGGUUCUGAUCAUUAUACAACAACAGAUAAUCUUCUCAAGAAAGUGUGUGAAGGCGUUGGUAAACAUUUUUUCUAUGGUGCUCUCUGGAGAGUUAUUCUGAUCGACUCCAGUGUCCGUUUACCUGCCAUUUCAUUUAUUACUUCUCAUUUUGUGAAAAAGAAAAGUUUAGAAGAGCAACUUUAUAUUAAGGGUACGAGCUUAACCACCUUUCUUCACGGUCUAUGUGCAUCCCUACUGGAUCAAAAUGUUCUUGUGCAACGAGCUGUGCUCGACCUUCUUCUAGAUUGUUUUCCAAUGCACAAUCAACAGAUUAGCAAUUCCGACAUGAUCAGUAUUACAACUGCAGCGAUAACCGUCCUUUUAAGGCGAGAUAUAUCACUUAACCGUCGUUUAGACUCUUGGUUAUUUGGAGCUGAUUCAAGUGGACAAAGUUACCUUGCCAAUGCCAAUGCCAUGAAAGCUUUAAAUGAAAAGUUAACUUCGUCUGGUGGAACAAUCAUUAGUAGCAACUCUGGAAGUAGAAGUAGACGUCGUCGUGAAGCAUAUUUCAUGGUAUAUUCCAAAGAGUUCGUCUACAAAGCUUUAGUCCUUUGUUUAGGGAACCCUUCAGAUUUAAUUCCUUUACCAAACGCCUGGUCUAGUCUUGGAGAAAAAUGGAGCUACUCACUCUUGAUUUGUCUUCUCAAUAAUGAAGACAUAAGCAAACCUAUCCUAGAUGAUCUUUGCAUCGAUAUUUUUAGAUCUUUGUACAAGGAUAUCAAAAUGGAAAAGUGUAGCUCAGAUAUGGUCAGAACAUGUAAUUUAUUAUUAAGCAAUUUGAAAUUGGAUUAUCUUUGGCAAAGGCUUUAUGAUCUCUUGGAAAAAGCAUGUAAUUUAGUAGAGUCAGGCUCGGUGAUUCGAGAUGGGUUAAGUGCAACUGAUUACCCUCAACCAGUAGGUACAUCAAACAUAAAGAUAAUAGAAAUAUUGUCUCUGAUGGAUUUCAUGGUUGAUGCAACUUCCAAUGAUCCGGAGACAGCUUCCAAAUGUUAUCAAGAUGCCUUACUUUUUAUUCUUGAUCGAUCCAUUAAAUGUUGUUAUUUAUUUAAACCUGGAGAAAUGGACAUGGCUAUUAAUCUGUGUUCCAAACUUGCUACAAAAAUUCAGCCCACACCACAAGUUGAACGCUCAAAGACACCAGCAAAAGAACGUGAUAGUCUAGCUGAUAUCAAAGAGGAAACUGAAAGUUUAUGUGCUAGUGAAGUAACUCUAAAAAUGGAUGACAUUGGAUUAAGUUCAACACCAGCAACAACACCAAGUUCAGCUGAGCCAUCAUUACUUGGUUCAACUUUAGCAUUAUCUCCCGCAGCAAUUGAAAGUGAUGAUAAUCGAUCAUAUACCGAUAAAUUAAUAGCUAAAGUUGCCAAUUUUUUUGAUGUUUUUGUAAGAACUCGCUUAAUUGAAAAUGAAUCUAUCCUGCAAACCUGUUUUGAACAAUUUUUACUUUCCAACCCAGACCGCUUUGAUGGAGUAAAUUCAUCAAAUGGAGUCUCGUCAACUCCUUCACCACCUUCAAAUUUAAUUUUAAAUCUAAAUGCAUCUAUGAUUCCUGUCUAUAUUAAUUUAUGUCAACUCUUGGUAAAAGCAGCACUCAUACAAAAAGUGGGCGAUGAACUUUUGCUCAAUGGUCUUAUGAAUGGCUUUGAUCUGAGAGAUGAUGACUACAAGAAGGGAAAUUUUCUAUCAGAAUGGACAAAAGAGCUGCUUGUUCUUUCCAUAUUUACUCGAAAAUCAAACGUCAAGGUUAAAUACACUUCGAUUUCAACCUUUCUCGAUCUUGUGUCUAUUCUUAAAUCACAACUAAUGGAUAUUCCUUUACCUCCGAAUUUGGCCAAUUUUACACCAUCAAGUUCACCUGUUCUUGAUUUUAAUAAUAGUGAAACACUUAACAGAGUUAUUUGCUCGGGAUUGUGCAUUGAAAAAUUUUUAUCUGGUGAUCAGUUAAACUUUAUUUACAAUUCAACUGAUUAUUUUAUAAAGGUUACUCAAGAACUUUGGGACAAUUUAAGCGAUGAAUUUAGUGAGCUACACCUUGAGACUGCAAUAUUACUCCAACAAGUUCAUAAUUUAGCAGCUGAUUCUUCAGUUUGUGAAAGUGUAAUAUGUUUUGCUAUGGCAUCUUCAGAUGAAAUUGUUUCAUAUGAGGCGAGACGAAAAUUUUGUACACUUUUCUCAAUCACAAGAGACCUUAGACAAAAAUCAAGUUUAUAUGCAAGUAUGAGAGAGUUUGAUAGACCUCUCUUCUUUAUGUUGGACAGUUUAACACACAAAUUGGAUGCACACAAUGCCCAAGCCUUUGAUUGGUUAAAUCAAUGUCUCAAGUAUGGUGAUGUUGCAAGAAUUUUAGAGCCAUUAAUGUUCAUUCUUCUUCAUCCCGACACCAAUCGAGUUUCCGUGCAACAUGUAAAUAUUCAUCAACCCAGUGAUCCAAGUGGUACAACUGAACAAAAUGUAACUGGACGAUCCGAUGAGGCAGAUAAUGCAGCUAUAGCCGCAGCCGAAGCCAAAAUAUAUGCAAUCAGCAGUACCGGUGGCAAUUUAAUUUAUCAUGUUAAUCCAGAGGGUAAAAAGAGAUUCACUUCGGCAGCAUCAACAUCGUCUAACAAGGUUCUUGCCCUUACAAGUCAAAAUACUUCUCAAACAUCUUCAUCCAAAUCUUCACAAGUUACCGGUAAAUGGGUUACACAGAAAUGCAAUUUACCUGACUAUGAGGUUCCUUUUUCCUGUGAUCAAAGUAACAACAGUGGUAAACAUUUAUCAAUCAACAUGUUCCUAAAUCCAUUUGGAUCAUUGUCAUCAUUAACCAGUGAAGUUCUCGAAUCAAUAGAUAACAAUCCAGUUAGUCUAAUAUCAGUUGUACCAACUUCAGAGUCAUCAAUGAGCAACAACAAUCUAAAUAUAAUAAACAACAAUAACAACAACAACACCAUUAAUAGCAAAAAAUCUGAUCAAAGGUGGACUUUAAUUAAAUCCAAUGAAGAUAUUAGGCGAACUCCAACGCCAACACCAACUCCUAUUUCAACGCCAAUACCAUCAAGAGCGAGUAAAAUAUCAAUGGAAGAACCCUCUGAAACCUCAUCUGAUUCAGAAAUCAUUGCCAAUCUUAUGGAUGAGUUGAUUGAUAAUGUAGUCUCUCGUGUUGAAGAUGGAGAUGAUGAAAGUCAAUCAUCUUCCUCUGAAACAACAACACGACAAACUAUAUCAGAAUCCGUUAGCUUGACGAGUUGGCUUAAACCCAUCUCUGUGAAUCAUCUUCAUUCGCACAUACUUCUUUAUACUCAAGUUUAUGACUCUAGACGUACACUUUACGCACUCACAACUUUAUGGAAUAUAAUUUUAGCCGAACCACAAAUGGUACUGUUCAAAAUGGCAACAACGAGUAUCAGUAAUCGCCUUGGAACUCGUUCCCAUGAGCUUCAGUUGUUAUGUGCACGUCAUCGUAAAUCAAUCUUGGGACGAAGUUUUUACGGUGAUGUUGACACGGAAUCAGUCACAGCUUUCAGAAGUUCCUCUUUCCUAGAGGUAAUUGUCACAACGUGUCUUUAUUAUAUAAGAAGUUUUUAUCCAUGUUUACCUCAAUCAAGACUUAAUGAAGAUGAAAUUCAAGGAAAUCAAAAAGUUCGCAUUCUUUCAUGUGAAAUAUUACGAUUAAUUUUUAGUGAAUUGGUUACAGCCAUUAAAAGGAUACCUAAUCUUUCUAGUUACCUUAAUGAUAUGCUGAUGCGAUGUAAAUCACAAAAAGUAAUUUUACAUGGAGUUGUUUCAAGUGUUUACAACUUUCAACAAAAAAGUGAAUUGAAAGGAAAUUCUGGACAAAAAUCUGGUAAAGAUCGAGCUGAUGAAGAUACUUUUCCAGAUACAAUUGUUGAAUUUAACGAGAAAAUGGGCUCUUCAGGAUUCCAGGAAGAUAUGCAAAAAAGUAUUCUUAAAUUAUUGGAACAGUUAAUCAUUUUAGAGCACAAAGUUUCACCAGUUACAUCGCAAGCAGAGAAAGACCUUCCUACCCAUAACCGUAAAGAAAGUGAUUCUAGAGCAGCACGUAUUCGCUUCCAACCACAAAUGUCUGCUUUAAAAUAUUGUCCAAACAUUUUAAUUCCUUCACAAUCAAUGUUUCUAUCUGCCAUCCAAACGGCCCUCCAACAAACCCAUAAAGCCAAUUUACACUCUAAUUGGUUAUCAUUGGUUGAGGCUACACUUCCCUUUGCUGGACGCUCAUUAACCCGUUUGGUUGUGUGUGUAAUCAGUCAAUUGUGUCAUAAUUUAGAAAGUAUAGCACAAAAGAUUGAAAAUUUCAGCGACCCAACUGCAACAAUAACCUCAAUCAUACCUCCUACUGGAACAACAAAUUCCUCAUCUUCAUCAACAUCAAAUGAAGAUAAUAUGAUUCCAAUGCCACCUAAUUAUCUGACAAUCAUUUUGAAAAGCCUGUCAACUCUUUGUCAUUAUUGUCUCCUUGAUACAUCCAAUACAGUUUCAAAUACAAUGACUACACUUCCUCAACCCUCAAAUAUCUCACCUAAUCCAACAUCAACCACAGCUACAACCUCUACUGGUCCUUUACAAGUUUUAUCAAGUUUUCUCAAUGUAUUCACUGGAGUUGAGGGUAUUUCAGAUCUCAAUCAAAAUCGAGAAAACUCUUCCAAUAGUUCAGGUGAUCCUUUACUCUCUUCUAGAAGAACUGUUCUCAGUCAUUUACCAAGAAUCUUAGGUGGUAUCUUAGCAAUAUGGAGAGUAAUUACUAAAGCUGAAGAAUCUGAUAAAGAUUAUGAUUCAGGAAAUGGAAGAGGUGAAGGAACCGGUUGGCAAAUAAUGGGAACUCCAAAAGAUGUUAAGAAAAAUAUUCUCAGCUUCUUAAGUCCAAUCUCAUUACUACAUGGGAACAAUUUCAUGUCCUCUGUUGCUACUGUUUGGUAUGAUUUACGUGAUACAAAAAAUAUUUCAGACAAAAAAAGUGUAAUCCCACCAUGUAGUGCUAAACAAACACUACUUGUUGAUUUAAUUGCUGCCGUUAGAGUACUACCAAUGGAAUCUGUCCUUCAAACGGUUCGCCAUGUUAUCAAACAACCACCUCACUCUGUUCAAUCUCGUAAGAAGCGUAUUCCCUUGGAAGUUAGCAUGUUACAAUUUCUGCUGGCAUAUAUUAAAGUUUUCCCUGGAAGUCAAUUGUUAGAAUGUUGGAAAUCAUUAUUAGCACUGUUGAGAGAUGGCCUUCAAAUAUCUGCAUCGUCACCAUUGGCUCAAUUCCAUCUUCUUGCAAUACUUCAUGAAUUUGUUCAGGCUGCUCCUCUUUUCGAAGAUCGUAAAGAUCAAAAAGAUCUUCAAGAAGUAGCCCAAAAAUUGGUUGAAGCUUGUACAAAUGUGGCUGCUGCUCGACUCUCACAAACCAAAUGGCUUCGUAAAAAUCUAGAAGUUCGACCUGGUCCUCAGCAAGAUGAUGUCGAUGAAGAAAAUGAUUACACUGAUUAUCGAGAACCAUCUUCUUUGAAGGUUGAUGCAUCUCCGAAUAGUUUGACUCUUGAUUCUUCAAUAAAUCCAGAUAGUGAUACAUUCCUAGCUCGUUACAGUGUCCAAGCGUUAAAUGCUCUUGCUCAGUUUGUCGCACCAGUUCUUGAUGUUGUAUACGUUAGCGAAGAGAAAGAAAAGGUUGUUCCUCUUGUCAGUAACAUUAUUGGUUAUGUUACACCUUAUCUUAGAAAUCACAGUAAAAACAAUAUACCAAGCUUCAGAGCUUGUUCACAUCUUUUGUCAAGCAUAUCUGGAUACCAAUAUUCCCGGAAAGCGUGGCGAAAAGAUGCUCUUGAACUUCUUCUUGAUCCUGCUUUUUUCCAAAUCGAACCAUACUGUCUUAAAUAUUGGAAAACAAUUGUGGAUCACUUGAUGACCCAUGAUAAAACUUCAUUCAGAGAUUUUCUUAUCCGAAUGUCUGUCAAUCAAUCCGGAUCGUUGAAAAUUUUUUCAUCUAAAGAUCAAGAAACUGAAUUACGGGCCCAAUUGGCCAAACGAUUAGCUUUUAUCCUGUUUUGUAGCGAAAAAGAUCAAUACCAAAGAUACAUGCCAGAGAUACAAGAAAAAUUGAUUGAAGCACUGAGAGUGAAUAGUUCAUCUAUUCUUCAAGCAAACAUUCUGAUAUGUUUCAGGAUACUUAUCUCCAGAAUGUCAUCACAUUAUCUAACAUCAUUAUGGCCAUUCAUUUACACUGAAAUGUGUCAAGUUUUCUUGCAAAUUGAAGCUGAAUUGAUGCCGGAAGGAAAUGAACUGAGAAAAAAUGCAAGUUUUAGUGGCCUUCUCAGAUUAUCUGGAACUGAAAAUUCAUGGAUUUUAAAUGGUUCAACGAUUGGCCAAUCACUGCAAUCAUCUGGUAAUUUACAAUUGUACCUACAAGCAUGUAAAUUGCUUGACCUGGCCUUAGCUUUGCCGACUGAUUCACUACCUCAAUUUCAAAUGUAUCGCUGGGCCUUUGUACCAAACAGCACCGAUGAAACUGAUUCACCACUUGAUGUAAACAUUUCAGAAAGACCUAAAUCUGAAUCAUUUAACGGUAUUGAAAGUUAUACUGGACAACCACAGCCAUCGACUCUUUUUGAACCGUUUGUGAUUCGCAUUGAGAAACUUAUGAGACUUAAGGGAUCAAAGCCUGAAAGAUUACUGGCUCGUCCAAAAUGCCCUCUUAUCAACCUUACGAGUAUUAACACCAUUUUUGAUCUCUAUCCAUUUUUUUACACCUUGAGUUUUCCAAAUGAAACUGAUGAUGUUCCGUUUGUUCGGGACUCCAAAGAUGAAGGAGACAAAGUUGAUACUGCUUCGAUUUGUCCUAGUAUCAUGGAAAGCUUGGAAGAUGUCAAUAUGUUUGACAAGACAUUUGAAAUGGACUUUCUUGAAUCAGUGCCAAGCAUCUAAAAUUAUGACAUUCCUCUUUUGGCCCAUAUUUUUCUUCGUUCUCAUGUUAACUCUUCACUUCACUUCAAUUUAUCUCUUUUUUCCUUCUCUUUCCGACAAAAGUGCCUCAAAAGUGUUUGGGUUUACAUAUAAUAAUUUAACAAAAAUAUUAUUAUUAUUACUAUUAUUAUAUUAUAUUAUAUAAUUAUGAUAUUAAUGAAGAUGCUAAUGAUGUACAUUAAACUAUCAAAGACCAUCAAAUAUACAAAAAAAAGUGACAGCAAAUCAUAAAAAUACACACAAAUCAUCUCUGUUGAAUAGUCAAACAAGUUUUUUAUUUUUCUGGUAAAAAUGAAAACAAGUAAAACUAAAAUGAUUAAACCUUCUUAUGUAAAGUCGUUAGUUAUUAUUGGCAAAGUUUAAUUAAAUUAUAUUGUACUGACUAAA